UCGCCCGUCACGCGACCAGUCCCCGAGGGAAUGCACGAGGUGGCUCGAGCUCCACUCACCAGCAGUGGGAGAGUCUUCAUUGCAAGUAUUAUGGCGGCCCGGGGCUCCUGGAGCUGAUUAGUGUAUGACUAGUGCAGUCAUUGUUUUACCCCAUCGGCAUCUCAGUAGAGUAGAGGUCUUCGGGAAUAAGAGUCGAUCCACAUUUGUCUCCUAGUGGGCAUGAGGUUUUACACAUUUAUAUCGUUGUUUGUAAUCAGUCUAUCUAUGCCGUGAACAGUUAAAAAAUACUCGCCUUGGGUUUCCAAAUCGGAAAAAACACGUUGUCGGUUGGAGGAUGCGGUCCGCCUGCAUCGCACUUACUGUCGCAAUUAUUAAACAUACAAAGCCUUAGGUACCCUGGGCCCACUCCACCUAGUUUUCACCCAUACCACCAAGGUUUAUUUAUAUUAUUUUAUAAAACAUAAUGAAGUUGUUUAUUUAUAAAAAAUAAUCACCAUUUCUAUCAUAUUUCCGUAUUGUUCCUCUGUUUGCUUACACAAGCAUUGUUUUUGUGCAUUCUUGUUUCUGUUCUCCGAAGCUGCCUCAGUGAGCUCUGGAGUCCGUCAGUCCAGUGCCCGGUCCGCCGCGAGACAUCCUCUUGUCUCAUACUCGCCUGGUACUUUCCCCGCGAAACAAGUACACAGUAACAGCUAAUUAUCAUUAUCUGCAGUUUAAUUCGUGCAUCCUCUGUCGGUUUGUGGCACGUUGUUAAUUUGAUCUCUGCAAUUGCGAUGGAUCCUAUCACUCUGCGUCAUAGUGUGUUCUGUCUCUUUGUCUAAGGCUUUUGGGGAAAAUCAUAUUUAUCUUUGUUGUGCUUUCUGUUAAUGUACCUAGUAUGUGUUGUAUUGCUUCCACGACUGUUGGUUUAUCGUUGAGAUAGUGCAGACGUAGGGAGCGCAUAUACACAUGAUUGUGUUCAAUAGUCUGAGAUGUUGAGUCUUUGGUGGUAUCCAAAGUACUAUCAACCAAAGUAGUUCCUAUUAAUCCAGAACUUUUGCUGAAAUAUUUAAUUUUAAUUGUGCAGAUUUAGAAAUUAAGUCUGUGUCAUUUAAAUACUUUCUUAACACAGAGAGCUAUAUAAAUUAACAUAAUUAUAAUAAUUUAAUCUCUGUCAGUGUCCCAAAAUCAGACUAAGAGAAUAAUAGACUCAGAAUCGCGAAUUUUCAAGAUUGAAAUCUGCAGAUGAUGCAUUUCUAAACAAUGAGUGAAGACAUUUAGUUCGUUGAUGCAAUCACUCGCAGCAGUAGAUUCAGUUCAUCAGUGGGUCGGCAUCAGUUCAGUGACGCAGUGUUCCCAGCACGAGGCUAGUGUUGUGUCGUGGGUCGUGUGAGCUAGUGAUGUGCCAGCUCGACAGUUGUUGCUGGUUAGCUGUCGGGAGCUAGUGUUGUCCUUCUAUUUAAUAGGUGGCUGCGUAGCGGCAUGUGGUGGUGGGUGGGGUCGCGGCGCGCGCAGCUGGCGGCGCUGGGCCUGUGCGCCGGCGCCGCGCUGCUGCUGCUGCACGCGCCCCGCGCCUCGCGCCCCGCGCCCGCCCCCGCGCCCGCCCCCGCGGCCCGCAACCUCACCAGCACCACCGCCGCGCCCGCGCCCGCGCCGGCCGACAACGACACCUCCCCCGCGCCCCCGCCGCCCCCGCCGCCCCGCCGGGACCCGCGCAUCAUCGUCACAGGUAACGUGUACGAGGCGGGGCACUCGCGGCCGCGCGCCGAGCGCUGCCCCGCGCUGGGCGCGCGCCUGCGGCUGCUGGUGCUGGUGACGUCAGCGCCGGACCACGCCGCCGCCAGGGAAGCCGUGCGCCUCACGUGGGGACACGCUGCCGCGCGACGCGACGUCGGCUUCGCCUUCGUCCUCGGCACUCCUGCCGAGGCGAAGGCCGAGGCGAUCAGGGCAGAGGACGAGCUGUACGGGGACAUCAUCAUCGGCAACUCAAGGGACUCCUACAGCAAUUUGACUCUCAAAACGCUUUCCAUGCUCGAGUGGGUGGACACGUACUGCCCCAAGGUGCCGCGGCUGCUGAAGACCGACGACGACAUGUUCAUCAACAUCCCGCGCCUGCUCAAGUUCAUCGACGCGCGCAAGAACGCCAGUAGAACCAUCUGGGGCCGCGUCAUCAAGCGCUCCACGCCGCGGCGCUCCACCAAGUCGAAGUACUACGUGUCGCCGCUGCAGUACCCGCCCAAGGUGUUCCCGGACUUCGCCACCGGCCCCGCCUACCUCAUGACCACCGACGUGGUGGGGGAACUGUUAAAAGCCGCGGGGCAAGAGCCCUACUUGAGGCUAGAAGAUGUCUUCGUGACAGGAGUGCUCGCCAGCAAACUAAAGAUUAAGCGGCAACACGCGGCGGAGUUCUAUAACAAGAAGGUGUCGUACCACCCCUGCACGGUGCAGAAGGGCAUCGCGAUCCACAUGGUGCGCUUCCACGAGCAGUUCGACCUGUGGCGGAAGCUCCUCGACGGGAAGACAAAGUGCGCGGGCACCUAGCCAGGUUACUUUCAACUCUUAGUUCACUUUUUUGUCUUAAGCUCUUUGAAUGGCAGGAAUUAUUCAGGGUUGGGGAAGAAAACGCGAAGCUUAGUGCGGAUGGCGCAACCGGCGGCGGUAAAAUCUCUCGAUUGCGAUUGGCAACCAUUCUUGAAUCCAUUCUUUGGAUUGGCGGCCCCACUGGAUAAUGCUGCAAUGGACACGUUUCUUCCCAAUAAACGUCCAUCUCUUAGCGUUAGUUAGGAGAAGCGAGGAUGUAACCGACAACCGAUGUGACGUAAGGCUCUAUAGAAGUGGGGAGUAUAAACUCAUGGAUGACUUUUGAUUAGCUUUGAACCUCCUGAGAAUGCAAAUGACCCACUAUGGUAGUAGGUAUUAUAAAAUACAUAAUUUCAGUCGUUUUUCAAUAAUGCUAAUAUUUAUUUAGUAUUUAUAUAAGCAAUACCUACAGUUUUUUUUACUAUUUUUAUGACUCGAAGGUAAAUAUUAAGUUCCUAGUUCCAAGAUCGCAGCAUCGCUUAUGCUUAUUUUUUACUUUAUAUUUUUUUGAGAAUGACUCGUUUGCAGAACAAAACAUGAUUAUUAAUCCUUACAGAGCGCUCGAACAAAUACUCAGAUUUAUUGUAAUGAAAAAUUAUAUUUAACUAUUCAGUUGUCACUGAAAAGCAAUAGCGUAUGCCAUAUUUUAUAACAAUAUUUUUUCGAAAAGUAUUUAAGAUUUUUGUAUUUUGGUGACUAAUCACGAUGUCAUAGAUCUGAUGACCCCUCCAUCAGGGUUAUUUGGAAGAAAUCUGAACAACGACUAACUAGUCAAACCCGAAUUAUUUUGGAUUUAAUCGCUUAUCGUGUUACUUUUGUAUCACAAGCAAUAUAGUAUUUUUUUAACCCAAUCUCAAUUAUUUUUGUUCGUAGUUUGUUUUUUAUUGUUACAAAAUUAUAAAUGAGAACUAGAUACAAAUGUGAAUGCCAUAUAGAGUGUGUAUGUAGAACGUUUAAUUGAAAACUAUAUAUUUUGUAAGUAAGUGUAUUGUAUAUUGUGGUGAAUGCUGUAUUGUCCGACGGUAGUCCCAGUGCUACAGUGUAGUCCUCCACUAAGGUUGUAUCGUAUGUUAAAUACCCGGUGUAAAUGACCUAUCUAUCAUAGAUUAUCAUAUUAUUCUUGUAAUGAAAUCGUCUUCUUAUGAAACUGCCCCAAUAUUUUGUAGAAUUUAACUAUGUAUGUGUGUGAGACAUGGAUGACUACAAGUUGAAAAGACAAAUCUUAUAAAUAUUGCUUUUAUGUAUAAUAGAAAAGAUUACUUAACAUUUAUGGAAACAAGACGUAAGGCGUUAUUUAUCCGUUUUAUAUCUCUUUAAUAUUAGUAAUAUUUUCAUACAGCCUAUUGUAUUUUUAUAAGUAUUAUGAGAUUUAUGAGUUAAAUUGUUUUAUAUUGUGUGAUGACCCUGUGCACGCAUCGAGUAUAGAUGUAUUAAGUACAAACUAUAGUUUUAUAUCGAUUCACUGAGACUUCUUGUAGAAGAAACGGAACAUUCCUUUCUAUUGAGACUUAUGUAAAGGAAAUGUUUGAUUGCUCAGUACUCUGUUUGCUGUUAAUGUAAUUAUAUCUAAUUGCAAAAAGGCUACUGAGGAUGGCUCAGCAUGGGUUGUGGUUUGCUAGUGUGCCAUGUUGGUGAGGCGGCGCCACGGUCGCGGUGGCGUGGUGCGGACUGAAGUGAUGUGAAUCGUCGUGUCUCGUUCUUCGCUCGGCGCUCCAUCAGAGAACACCAGUGUUGCUACUCUGUUCAUCUUAAGAUCCCAUUAUGGAUGUGCACAUUUAAUAUAACAUUCCCCCAAUAAUAAUCAGCCAGCUGAAAUGUAACAUUAGCGUAUUGAAAGUCUAAAAUUUAAUAUGCUCUACACUGUAGGAAGCGGCUGUAUAGUCUGAUAUUGUAUAUUGUAAUGGAGAAAAGUCAUAAAUCUUUUUCAGAACAUCCGUAUCCGCAUCACUUAUAAAUUUAACCGUAUGGUUUAAUCAAUGUAAUUCAGAUGAGAUGCAACUCUGUUGUAUAGAAGUCCUCCUCAUGGGGCGCCGCUAGUGGCCAUUGUACAUAAAGUGCAGGUUUACAAUUAUACAAAUUGUUGAGUUGUCGCCGCAAUUUGUAUGUUAAAUCUGAAAAAUGGUAUUUGCGCAUUGAAUGACACAUUUAUAAAAAAUAUAAGUUUUAUUUUAUAAUAUAAAAAACUGAGAAAGCAAUAUAAUUUACUCACAAAACACUCCUAAAUAUAAAGGCCUAUUUUUAGCGGAUUUUGUAUUUUAGUAGCUGGAUUGAAUGUAGCUAUACUGUAAUGAACCUAAUCUACCCUGAGAUUUUUGAGUAGUAUUAAAAAACAUUUUAUUUUUUACUUAGUAUUAUUUUAUGUAAGUAUUACGGCCAAUGAUUUGUAGUAUGUCAAUUAUUUUUCUUAAAUUAUUUUUAAAACGAUUUCCAAGAGCAUGAACUGUAAAUAAGGGAAUAGUUCGGCAACCGUGGAUGUGUAUUACGGUUAUUUACAUCUAGGUAGUGAUUGUCUGAAGUGGUGUUUUUUUAUAUUAAAGCUACCCUUGUUAAAUGAAAUUUACUUAUUUUGUCACUUGGUAUAUUUGUUUAAUUAAGAUGGAUGUGAUACCUAUAUCUCUUGUAUUAUCCUUGUAAAUAAUAAAAUCAAGAACUAUA